GUGUGUGUGUGCGUGUGUGUUCGUGCGGGUGUUACCGGGGUGUGCGGGAGCCCGAUCGCCGGUCAGGGAUGGAGCCGCUGCCAUGACAACCGCGGGCAGUCCGCCUGCGCGCCCGGGGAUGCUGCUGCCCGCGCGGGCCGGGAUGCUGCUGCUGCCGCCGCCGCGGCCCCGCCGCUGAGGGCACCCGGGUGGCUCCGCUGUCUGGACACCCCUUAUCCUGCACCCGACGUGUCCUGUGUCCUGCAUCCUCCAUCUGCAUCCCGCCUGGACCAGCGCACCUUUGGGACCCGACAGCAGGGCUGGGGGAGAGGAACUGCCGGGCUGCCUUUGCCCGCUUGUGCCUUCUUGUGUCUGGACCCGUUCGCUCGCUCGCUCCGGGCGUGUUUUGGUGUUUUUUGGGGGGUUUUCUCUGUGUUUUUUUUCCCCUUGGACUGCCCCCGCUCCGCGCUGCGGGCUCGGGAUAAGAGUGCGGGAGCGGGGCGCAGCCGGGCGGCUCCCCCCUGUGCUUCCUUCUCAUCCAAGUGAGCCUCGGACUGCUUCCCGGGAAGAGCCGGCUCGCCCAGCGUCCAGCACCUUUGCCACUUCUCCUCCUUCUCUUCCUCCUCUCCUCCGGCCCUCCCGUCCUCCUCCCUCACCCAAGGAUACUGGGGACUCCCUCCGGAUGCCGCUCGGCAGGCUCAGCGCUCGCAUCCUGCCUUGCCGGGGGCUCUCCUGAUCUCCGUGGAGCUCCUCAUCGCUCACCCCCGGUGGUUUUGCUCCCCUCCAUCCCCACACACACGCACCCCAUCCCUCCUCUCUCCCCCUUCUCUUUUCGCUCCCGGUGGCCUUGUCGGGUGUGUUUUUUGCCUGUUGGAAAAGUCCGUGCUGCCCAGGAUGGGGGUCGGUGGGUGCUUAGCCCUGCCCUGGAGGUGCCUAGUCGUCCUCUGUCUCAGGCUGCUCUUCCUUGUGCCCGCAGGAGUGCCCGUGCGCAGCGGAGAUGCCACCUUCCCCAAAGCCAUGGACAACGUGACAGUGCGGCAAGGGGAGAGCGCCACGCUCAGGUGCUCUGUGGACAACCGAGUCACCCGAGUGGCCUGGCUGAACCGCAGCAGCAUCCUCUAUGCCGGCAAUGACAAGUGGUGCUUGGACCCUCGGGUGGUGCUCUUGGCCAACACCAAAACCCAGUACAGCAUCCAGAUCCAAGAUGUGGAUGUCUACGAUGAAGGUCCCUACACCUGCUCCGUGCAGACAGACAAUCACCCCAAGACAUCGCGCGUCCAUCUCAUCGUGCAAGUGUCUCCGAAAAUCACUGAGAUCUCUUCUGACAUCUCCAUCAAUGAGGGUGGCAAUGUCAGCCUCACCUGCAUAGCCACGGGCAGGCCAGAUCCAACAAUCACCUGGAGACACAUCUCACCCAAAGCCGUGGGCUUCAUUAGCGAGGAUGAGUACCUGGAGAUCACGGGCAUCACACGGGAGCAGUCCGGGGAGUAUGAGUGCAGCGCCUCCAAUGACGUGGCAGCGCCUGUGGUCCAGCGAGUCAAAGUCACUGUCAACUACCCACCGUACAUCUCUGGUGCAAAGAGCACUGGGGUGCCAGUGGGGCAGAAGGGCAUCCUGAUGUGUGAAGCUUCUGCUGUCCCCUCUGCUGACUUCCAGUGGUACAAAGAUGACAAAAGGCUGGCUGAAGGCCAGAAAGGACUCAAAGUGGAGAACAAAGCCUUCUCCUCCAAACUGACUUUCUUCAACGUCUCCGAGCAGGACUAUGGCAACUACACCUGCGUAGCCUCCAACCAGCUAGGAAACACCAACGCCAGCAUGAUCCUGUACGAAGAGACAACUACUGCCCUGACACCCUGGAAAGGUCCUGGUGCAGUCCACGAUGGGAACAACGGUGCAUGGCGGCGAGGAGGCUGCGUGUGGCUCCUGGCCCUCCCGCUCGCCCAGCUCGCCCGCCACUUUUGACCCGAGAGCCGGCCCGCGGAGCAGCGGCGGCGAUGACCACGGCCAGCGAGUGCAAGCAGAAAGGAGAGGAGGAAGAACAAGAAGAAGAAGAAGAAGAACAAGAAGAAGAAGAUGAUGUGUUCACCGUUUCCGAAAAUAAUCAUAAGAAUUGAGAGAGUAUCCGGCCAGGCCACCUGGGGAGGGGGAGAGAAGCAACAAACCACGCAACAAACCGCAAUGAGAAUUUGGAAAGGAGAGAAACAACGACAAAAGCAGAACAAAUCCCAGGCUUCCUGCUGAAGAUGCAACGCAACUGAGUCUUCUUUUCUUUUUUUCCCUAUUUUUUUGGUCUCCCAGCCCUUUUUUCUUCCCAUUUUUGCUGUUCUCUGCCCACUGAGGACAAGCAGGGCCAUGGGGCACGGCGCUUCCCACCACCCGCCCGCUCCUUCCCACGAGACCCUCCAUGCAGACGCGCUGGUUCUCUUCUUGGCUGAGAUUUCCCCGUCUUCUCAUGGACUGUGCCGCCAUUUGUGUUCCAGAAUAUAUAUAUAUAUAUAUCCACAUAUACAUAUAUAUAUAUAUAUAUGUAUAGAUAUAUAGAUCUUCGACAGUUACCACACCACCACCAACAGAAAGGGAGGAAGGAGACCGGCGUCGAGCCACGCGUUCAUCGUACCACCCGCGGACAUUGUGAAUGAGAAGGGAUUCUGUAUCAUGGUUCAUUUUAUUAAUUGUAUUUUCUGAUACGAGCCUAGAACUCUUAGUUCCUAAAAAACAGAGAUGCAAAAAAAGAGGGGGAAGAAAAAAACCAAAAGGAGGAAUAAAGAAGAAAUACAGAAAGGAGAGGGAGGAGCAAGCAGAGAGAAGAAGUUGCCAAGCGCCGUGCAGCCAAGGAGGCAUGGAGAAGGAGGAGGAGAAGGAAGAGACCUGUGCAAAACCCCCACAAAACCGGCCCAAAAAGCGGUCUAAUGUCUGAACAUUUCUUGCCAAGGGCACGGGCAACUCUUGCCACGCGUCGAGGCGGAGGGAGACGCUGAAUCUUUUUAUGGGAUAUAUAUAUACAGUAUAUAUAAAUAUACAUAUAUAUAUAUAUAAUUUUUCUUUUUGGUUAGCCUUCUAGCCACGGUUCCCAGCAGGGUCCUUCCGCUGCCAUUACUGCAUGCUGUAUAUGGAGUUAGGUGUGUAUUGGUCCUCAACAAGACCAGCGUCUUGGUCCACAUGUCCCCAAACCCCUUCACCUUUCUGCUCUUGGGUCACCGGUGACAAAGGGCCACAGGGGACCGGGGCCCAUCUCUGUCGCCUUUUGCCAUGGGGCAGGGAUAGGGGGAGAUCUAUAUAGCUCAGUUUUCUAUUUUUAUAUAUAUAUAUAUGUAUGUAUAUGUGUGUGUGUGUUUGCGUGUGUGUGUAUAUAUAUAUAUAUAUAAAAACAAAAAGAUAAGGAAAAGGCGGCGAAGCGAUGGGCACCCGGCCACCCCGAACCGUGGGAUUGGGAAUGUUCCAGUGGUGGGUCUCUCCUGCGGUCACUUUUCCUCCUUUGGGUUCCUUUCCUUCCCUGCAGCCAACAGCGGGGGGCACGCGGGGAGCACGGGCGGGCGGCGAGGGGGGGCUCUCUCUGCCUAUCCAUUAAAACGAUUGUUCCAUGUGGCCGCUCCGUCUGGUUGUGGUGCUCAUUGCCGUGCUCUCCCACCCUGGGUGACAGGGAGGGACAUGGGGUGGGACACCGGGGGAGAUGGCACCCAGACCUCAACAGUGAGCCCAGCGGGGAUGUGUCACAGGUAAGGCUUUGGUGAGUACAUGGGGAGGGUGUGGGGUGUAGCUCUGCCCUAUUCCCCCCAUGCAGGAUCCCACUCAGUAUCCCAAAAGCUUUCCAUGAGCCUCAUGGAUCGGCUGAAGCGAGUCCCGUGGGAAGGAGAGACACGGUAAUGAGGUGGGUGUAGGAAACUGGGUCCCCUUCACAAGGUGAAGUGUCGUGGGCUGGAGUUUGGCUGUAGGUGCAACUUUCAUGUGUUGGUGUUUUGCUGAUGGUUGCUUGGUGCUUUUGGUCUGUAGGAUCCAUGUGCUGGUUUCUUCAAGCUACUUGGCAUAUUCUCGUAGGAUCGGAAGCUGCUUUUUAGUGAUGGCAGGACUGUUUUAUUGGGGUUUUGAUUUCUUGGCUUUACGAUGAGUUUGUGCCACCCAAGAGAUGUGCAUGGAGAAGAGCAAGAGAGCAAAAGGGAUGGUAAGGAGUCACCUUGUGACAUAUAGUGGCUGAGCAGUACUGGUGUGGCUUACCUCUUCUCCCAAGGAACAAGGGAUAGGAGAAGAGGAAACAGUCUCAAGCUGCACCAGGGGAGCUUGAGACUGGAGAUGAGGAACAAUUCCUUCCCAAAAGGAUGCUCAGGCUUUGGAACAGGCUGCCCAGGGCAGUGCUGGACACUUCCAUUCCUGGAAGUGUUCCCAAACAGUGUAGAUGAGGUCCUCAGUGACAUGGGUUAGUGGUGGCCUUGGCAGUACUGGGAAAUAGUUGGACCUGCUUAAAGGUCUUUUCCAACCUGGUAGAUUCUAUGAUUUGUGCUGUGCUUAAAGGCAAAGUCCCAAGUAAGUGAGGCUGUGGGGACAGGACAGUUGGGCACAGGCCAUUUCCUGCAUCCCAGGGUCAGGAUGGCAUUGGAAGGAGGCAUCUGGCCAGUCCAGCCCCAUGGGGGGAAGCUGGAACCUUUCCUGUGGAUGUGGUUUAUAGGAGCAAGCAUCGUGGCCAGCUUUGUCUUUGGCAGCAGAUGCACCUCUGUCUCUCUCAGGUAGAAAGGUGGUGGAGAGCUUUGUGCAGCUCUUGGGGCUGCCAGGACAAGUAGAACCAGCCUGGCAGCAGAGGCAGCACUUGGGGGACAUGGGGAGGGCUCCUACCCAGCAACCAGGGAUGGGAAUGGAGGUAAAUGGGGCCGUCUCCUUCACCUCCUCUCUGUAACUGUCAACUUUUUGGUGCUCUAGGUGAGAGAUCAAGGAGUGUCCGAUGCCAGAGGCUGAGGGACAAAGAGCAAGUUAAAGAUUGAGAGCAAGGCUGCUCCAUGGAUGUAUUUCUGUAUGUAUAUAUUGACAUAUGUACUGGUAUCUCUUGGUGGUGGCUAGGGGUGGAAAUAUGCCCUCCAUCCCUAUGGACUUAGCAGCUGAGGUCCUUGUCCUUAGGCACAAGUUGGGUGUUGUUGAGGGCCACGGAAACCCUCCAAACUGGGAAGGGAGCUAGUGGGCAACCCAAGGCCAGGAACAAGGUGGAAAGGGGCUGCAUUGCAUCCCUGGUGCUGGGUGAUGGUGCCAGUGAGGUGCUGGGAUGUGCUGGGAGAUGGGAAAUCAGGCUGUCCGUAGGUAUUUAUCUCCAGUGGAGGCUGAUCCAUUGCCAGACACCCAACAGACUUAGCACGGUAACAUGGGAAACAGUAGUGAGGCCAGACAGUGGUGGGAUACACAGGGACCAGUGUGAAAGAGGCAAGCAUUGCCUCAUGGCACUUGUAGUUCUGUCACAUCAUUUCUAGCUUCCUGAUAGGGUUUUGGUUUCGGAGAGGCUCAAAGCAGAGAGGGUUUCCCAUUGAGGAAAGCCUCUUGGGAAGAGGAGCAUGGAGGUCGGGAUGGAGCUCAUCCAAGGAGGGAGACUUUCUGCCAGGCUCAUACACCACAGGGCCACCUGGGGGAUACACAAUGGAGGGCAGCUCACCCCUUCCCAGACCACUUUCCUGGGGAAGCACUUACCUAACUGCUGGGAUCACUCAAGGGGGACAGCAGCAGUGUCCCUGACAUGCAAGACAUGGGUCCCCAAGUCCCUUGUCCCACUUUAGGGAAGGUUGUUGAAUGUUUUCUCCCAAGAGAUGGGGUGGAAACAUGAAGCAUCCCCUGGGGACUGUCCCAGCCCCAUGUUUUUAAGGUGAGAUCAUAGCUGUGCUGGGGAGCCAGCUCCUUCUGCUCCCGGUCUUCAUGGUCUUAGUCCUCUGAUGAAGACAUUUUGUCCAUGUCACACACUGUCAGAUCCUAAUGGGAGCAAACCACCCUUAAGAGUAUGUUGUCCACAGAGAUGUUGUGGGUAGGUUUAGUUGUUGGAGCAGGUCUUGAUACAAGACAAUGGAGAAGAUGUCAGGAACUGCUCGGUUGCCCAAGGAAGCCCCCAGUUGAGCAGCUUCUGCAGAACUUAGGUGAGCCAUGCGAGUAAAGCCGGUCUUUACCCUGCAGGGCCUCCAUCCACAGGUACAUGUGGGCCCCAGGGGACACACAUGGGGUGAGGGACACUGCAACCCCUGGUUGGGGGGGUGGUCAGAGCAUUCACCAUGGUGCUUGUGGGGGUCUGUGAAGCAAAGCCCCAAAGGUACAAAGUUGGUCAAACUUUAUUGAUACACUGCACAAUCACAACCAUCUCUUAUUCUUGCCGAAUUAGAAAAGGUUACAACUACAAUGUAACAUGCACAAAUCUCAGGUAGUAGAGCCACCCUUGGAAUACAAUGACGGAAACUCAAGACUGGCCAUCACGGCCAUCAGCUGGAGAGACCCGGGAGCCACAUUCCCCCAUCCCGGGUACCCGGCCACCUCCCAAGCGUCCGAACGGGGAGAGCCGGCCUCCAACAGCCAACAUGUUCCUCACAAUGGCACGUUACACGGCACGGGAAUGUCAACCACCAUCCAGGCAGAGGAUGGGGGAGCCCCAACCCAGGGAGGAGGAGGAGGAUGGGGCAUGGGGUGGCCCCGGCGCCGGGUCCGCCAGCACCAGCGUGCGUCGUGGUGUCUCAUCACCUCCAAUAUGUCACUGCCCUUGUGCAUCUGGGGCUAUGCCAGUGUUUGCUGUGAGGACAGGGAAGUAUGGGGCUGGUCGGGAAGGGGCAUGGAGAGGCAGUGAAGGGCCAUCACAGGGUGGUGUGGACCAGUGAAUGUGGCUGGGCGAGGUAUGUCCUGCGCCCAAGGGGACUUUUGGAGCUGGCACGUGGGAAGGACGUGCUUAUCGCCGCGCCGGCUGAAGAUGGUGUCAUCCAGGGCCAUGUGCUAAGACCCAGCUCACUGCUGGAGAAGAGGAGCAGGACCAUAGGGACUGCAGGACAUGGACUCUCCAGGUCAGCGCCGUGCUGGAUCCCCAUCCAUCAGGUAAGCCAGCGCAUCGGGCCGUGUUGCUUUUAGCAGUCAGCCAUGGUACAUGUUGAACAUCCAGGGUGUGGAGGCAGGAGCAUCCAUUGAAAUGUUGUAGCUGUUGCUUUCUUUUUGUGUAGGUCCUGUCCCUGCUGCAUAGGGGCUUCAUAGAGGAUGGUACAGUGGUCCAUGGUGGCCUCUGGCUCAAGGGUAGCCCUCGAUGACAUGGUUUAGCAGUGGUCUUGGCAGUCCUGGGGUGAUGGUUGGACUUGAUGAUCUUAAAGGUCUUUUCCAACCUGGUUGAUUCUAUCUUGUGCGUUAAGGACCAUCAGCCCCAGCUUUCUCCAGCAGGAUGGCAGGGCAAGGAGGUUGUGGUAGCAGCAGAGUUUGCAUGGGAAAGGCAGCAUGUGCGUGGUCGUUGCUCUUAAGCCAUGUCACUUAUGGAUGGAGAAGGAAGGGACAAGGCAGGGGGAGGCGCAGGGCAGGACUUGGAUGCUUUGUGUGCUUGCUCAGUGUGGUGGUGUAAAGUUGAAUCUCUGUGUCCAGGCAUAGCAUUUGGCAUUGCAGGUGACUUUGCAGGGGCAGGACACGAGGGUCUACCCCUGGACGUGGCCUUAGAGCAUUCCCAGGUCGACAUGGAGCAUUGGGAAGGCUCAGGGUUGCCACCACAUAUGGGACUGUGGUGGAGGGUGCUGUUGGGCCUGUGAUUUGGUAGGCAGGGAAGCGAUGGGGCCGUCAUCGUAGGAAGCAGAGGGUAGAGUCUGGUUGCAUCCAUUUUGGUGUCCAAGGCAUGUAGCAGCAGCAGGGAUUGGCAAGUAGCAAGCUCAGGGCAUAAGAGUUGUCCUUGUCCCUGCAGCAAGUGAUGGAGCCAGAGCCUCCUCCGUAGGGUCAAGUGCAUUAGAUGGACUUUCCUCAGGCAGGGGCACGUGGUAUGUAUGAGAAAAGGCAGAGUGUGGAUGUUGCAGCUCAGAGUGUGCUCCUGUGUGUCUUCCACCCCUCAGAGUGGCAGAGAUACUUGGCCAAAUGGUAGGGGAAGCCACUAUGGGAGAACACGGUCCUGUCCCCUCUGGGUGCCAGUGUCAGGGCCUUGCUUGUCACCUGGUGUUUUGCUGUGUCAUUUAGUGCCUCUGCCCAGUGUUGGUGGCGUUGUGCUUUUGAUGUGCAGGUCGGAAAGUGCUUGGGAAAACAAGCCUGGAGGAACUUCCCCAACUACUUGAAAGGAGGUUGAAGUGAGGUGGGGAUUGGU